CAGAAAAAUGUAACCUUUCUUUCUUCUAGCUUUCCAAGACCAACUUCUCCAACAACCAUGAUUUUCGGGCUCUUCUGCAAUCACUGUAUGCCACAUUCGAAGAAUUUAAAAUGCAUGAACAGAUUGAAAAUGAAUACAUCAUUGGCUUACUUCAGCAGCGCAGUCGGACUGUGUAUAAUGUGCACUCAGACAACAAACUCUCAGAGAUGCUUAGUCUCUUUGAGAAAGGGCUGAAGAAUGUGAAGAAUGAAUAUGAACAGCUAAACUAUGCUAAACAGCUGAAAGAGAGGUUGGAAGCAUUCACGAGAGAUUUCCUUCCUCAUAUGAAAGAGGAGGAGGAGGUUUUUCAGCCCAUGUUGAUGGAAUAUUUUACUUAUGAAGAACUGAAGGAUAUUAAAAAGAAAGUUAUUGAUCAGCAUUGCUCACAGAAAGAAACUGAAGAACUUGUUAGAGGUCUUAGCCUUUGGAAUCAGAUAAAGAUUUCUGUGGAUGAGAAAACAGAUCAAGAAACUGAAGUGACAGGGCAUACCACAAAUAUUACCCAUCUUCCUCCUGAAGUAAUGCUGACCGUUUUCAGUUACCUUAACCCUCGGGAGUUGUGUCGAUGUAGUCAAGUAAGCACUAAGUGGUCUCAACUGGUUAAAACUGGAUCUCUUUGGAAACAUCUUUACCCUGUUCACUGGGCUAGAGGUGACUGGUACAAUGGUCCUGCAGCUAAUCUUGAUACGGAACCUGAUGAGGAGUGGGUGAAAAAUAGAAAAGAUGAAAGUCGUGCUUUUCAGGAAUGGGAUGAAGAUGCCGACAUAGAUGAAUCUGAAGAGGCUGCAGAAGACUUGCUUGCAAUUAACGUAGCACAGAUGGAAAAGCAUUUACUCCAUGGCUUAAUUCAUAAUGUUCUCCCACAUGUAGGCACUUCAGUGAAAACACUAGUAUUAGCCUACAGCUCUGCAGUUUCUAACAAAAUGGUUAGACAGUUCUUGGAACUUUGUCCUAACUUGGAACAUCUGGAUCUCACUCAAACUGAUAUUUCAGACUCUGCAUUUGAAAGUUGGUCAUGGAUUGGUUGUUGUCAGAGUCUUCGCCAUCUUGAUCUGUCUGGUUGUGAAAAAAUCACAGAUGUGACCAUGGAGAAGAUUUCAAGAGCUUUGGGUAUCCUGUCAGCUCAGAACAGCAAAAGAGUUCUGAAGAGUUGCAGAAACAGAAGUGCAAAGACUGUGUGGAGAAACGAAGACAUCACCAUACAGUCCCAUAGGAAAUAUAGUUUGCAUGAUAUAACUAAUGAAACUCUUAUUAAGGAAGAAGGUAAUGAGAAUUAUUGGACUAAACCUGUCAGCUUGGAAAGUUUCAGCUCUGCCUAUGUCUGGAUGCUAGAUGCAGAUGAUCUGGCUGAUAUUGAAGAUGCUGCAGGGCGACCCAGAAAUAUUGAGGGACUUUGUGUUGUGGAACCAGCAUCCAGUCUUAGUUGUUCAUCAUGUUACAAUAAAGACAUUAUUGGACUAAGGACUAGUGUCUGUUGGCAGCAGCAUUGCGCUUCUACUGCCUUCACUUACUGCAGUCACUCAUUUUGUUGUGCUGGGGUAGCACUAAAAACUAUUCAAGCACUCCCAGAGUCCUCUGCACUGUGUAAAAAAUCAACAAGGACUAGACAGUCAGAGGGAAAAGACUUUGCAUACUCUGGGAGUGAAAAAUCAGACCAAGAGACUGCACGAGUUCUUCAGUUCCUCAGCCUGUCUGGAUGUUAUCAGAUCACAGACCAUGGUCUCAGGGCGUUGACUCUGGGAGGAGGACUGCCACAUUUGGAACACCUUAAUCUCUCUGGCUGUCUUACUAUUACUGGUGCAGGCCUGCAGGAUUUGGUUGCUGCAUGCCCUUCUUUAAACGAUGAACACUUUUACUACUGUGACAACAUUAACGGUCCUCAUGCUGAAACUGCCAGUGGAUGCCAGAACUUGCAGUGUGGUUUUCGGGCCUGCUGCCGCUCUGGUGAAUGACCCUUGACUUCUGAUCUUUCAGUCUACUUCAUUUAGCUGAGCAGGCUUCCUAUCAUGCACUUUACUUACAGUCCACAUAUUGUGUUAAUAUCUCUUUGGGAGUGUGAUUUAUUAUACUAGCCCCACCCUCACCCCACAACUUAAAAUUUUAAUUGAGUAAACUGUACAGUGUUGUAACAAUCUCUCAAGUUUCAUUUUGGUUUCAAAGGUGUUGGGUAUUAUUUUACUUACUGUAUUGGGGAUGGGUAAAUGCUCAUCUAUUUUUCCCCCACAAUGCCACUUCUCUCAAAGUUUGGCACU